UUUCAGGUUCGGAGCUUGGUGAGCUAUCAUUUCAUACUCUCUGUUUGUAAAGAUGAGUAAGAAGUGCGCCCGAGAGGAGUGUGGUAAAACUGUUUAUCCACUUGAAGAAUUGAAAUGCCUCGACAAGGUUUGGCAUAAAGGUUGCUUCAGGUGCACAGUAUGUGGGAUGGUUUUGAACAUGAAAAAUUAUAAAGGAUAUGAUAAAAUGCCGUAUUGCGAACCUCAUUAUCCAAAAACAGUAGCAUCAGUAGUUGUCGAUACACCGGAAAUGAAGCGUUUGGCAGAAAAUACCAGAUUGCAGAGUCAGGUUAAAUAUCAUGAAGAAUUUGAGAAAUCGAAGGGGCAUAGAAUUCAAGUAGCUGAUGAUCCUGAAUUGACUCGUCAUCUUCAAAAUACCAAAAUUCAAUCUCAGGUAGCUUAUCAUGGUGAACAGAACAAAAAGAAGUUGCAGGAUGAGAUUCGGCCCCAACCAGAACAGCAAAACAUUUCUAAUGGCGAAGUGUCUUUGAAUGCUAGUAGUGUGCCUGAAUCACCUUCAACGUAUGCCCCGCCCUUAUCUGCUGCUGCUCAUCAUCAGCCAACAACGCCGUAUUCCAGUAAACUUGCACGACAAUCCGGAACUCUAAUUUAUUCAUCCGAACAAGGUGGCAAAGUGCCUAUCCAACAACGUCAGGUUGGUAGCAUAGCUGACUAUGAUCCUUUAAACGGGAAUUGGGGUACGGUAGGAUCGAGUCGAACAGCUGAAAAAAUUGGUCAGCUGACAGCUUCAAAUAUUGGAAUAGGAUCGGAUAUAAAAGGAGCUAGCCGACCAGGUAUGAAAGGAACGGGCUUUACAGUGAAAGCACUUUAUGAUUACACUGCUGCUGAUAAGGAUGAGGUAACAUUCGUUGAAGGCGAUAUCAUCGUAAAUUGUCAGAAGGUUGAUGAAGGCUGGUUAACGGGCACUGUGCAAAGAACACUGCAGUGGGGAAUGUUACCCGCAAAUUAUGUGGAAAGAGUUAAACAGCCAACAGGGCUUCAUUAUCUCAGCUGAGCUUUUCAGUGCUAGGAAAAAAGUGAAUUGAAUUUGGGAAGCAGGUAGAACUUGAGUGGAAAUCCUGUGCCAGGAUCGAGCAGCUCAUGCCGCAAAUAGUUUUUA